GGGCUAAUGGCUGGCAGGACUGUUAAUUGGGUUAUGACAUUUGGAAAUUGGCAACAGCAUGUGUGGGUGGCGGUUAAUGGCCCAAACAGAGCCAAGUUUAGAAGUUGGCUAUGUAAUAUUUUUUAAUCAUUUGAAUACUAGAAGAUAUUAGGGAUAUCCCUCUACUUAAUGCCUCUCAUAAACUAUCAAAUUAAUCAAAAUUCCCGACAAUUAGAGUUGAUAACCCAAAACAAAUAUUAAAUAGAAUGGAAAUGGAGUUAAAUUUUCUCAGUCGAGCGAGAGAUGAAGAUCCUGUUGGACAUCCGGUCGGUAGCCAAACCGGCCCAGCUUUGUGCCCUGGUGCCCUUCUACUCUGGCCAUGAUGAGGAUACCUUCCAGGUGAGCCGAAUAGGACGCUGGUACGGACGAUUGGUGGCUCUGGCUCUGCUCGUGAGCACCAUCCAGCUGGCCGUAGGCGUCGUCUUCGAUUCGGGACAAUACAGACUGGUAUCUAGCGCCCAGGGCGACACCGAGGAGAUCAACCGGACCAUCGAGACGCUUCUCUGCAUGUUCAGCUACACGAUGAUGGCCGUGUCCAGUGUCCAGAAUUCCUCUCGCCACUGCCGUAUCCUAAAGGAUUCGGCCUGCAUUGACGACUACCUGGAGGCGUAUGGCUAUCGGCGGAAGUACAGUUGCCGCUGGGUGGCAAUCGUGGUCACUUUGGUCUCCCUGGGAGUCCUUGGAGUGGCCUUCUACUACAUUCACUACCGGAGUAACAUUAGGCCAAAGCGGCAGGUCCAUCUCAUGUUCUUAUACUCCCUCCAGCUGCUCUACUCAACCAUUUUCUCACUGUAUCUCAACACAAUGUUCAUGAAUUUGGCCCAAAGGAUCGGAUUCCUGAACCAGCGACUGGAUGAGUUCUCGCUGACGGAAACGGCGGGAGCCUGCGAGCGGGAUAACUGGCGGGAGCUGAGCAACAUGAUGGAGGUCCUGUGCAAGUUCCGCUACAUCACCGAGAACCUAAACGCCGUGGCGGGAGUGGCGCUCCUUUUCUACUUUGGAUUCUCGUUCUACACUGUAACCAAUCAGAGUUACCUGGCCUUUGCCACCUUGACGUCCAUUGAAGGAAGUGUAGGCAGUACGCUGGAGUCGCCCAAUACGAUGGGCUUGUCGUGUACCUGGGUCUUGGCCGAGACCAUUACCAUGGCCGUAAUCUGCAAUGCCUGCGACUGCCUGGCCUCCGAGACGAAUGCCACCGCCCAGAUCCUGGCCAGAGUGUAUGGCAAGAACAAGAACUUGCAGAACCUAAUCGACAAGUUCCUCACCAAGAGCAUCAAGCAGGACCUGGAGUUCACCGCCUACGGAUUCUUCUCCAUUGAUAACUCCACGCUCUUCAAGAUCUUCUCGGCGGUUACCACUUACUUGGUGAUUCUCAUCCAAUUCAAGCAACUGGAGGACUCCAAAGUGGAGGAUAUUUCUACGAACAGUUAAGUUCGUAUUGCUGGGACACUUUUUUAAAUAAAUGUUGUAUACUUUACAAUAAAUGAAAGAGGUUUCGAAAACCUACACCAUAAUUUGUCUGAGAGCUUCGUGAUAGCAAUCAAUAACACUCCGACAGCUGCAAUUUCUUCCGAUUGGGGGAACCCCUUGGGGGUAAAUAUACCCUCCAAUUUCGGAGGGGGGCAAACAUGAAUUGCAAUGCGUAAAGCUCAUCAAAUCACAGCGGUGCCAAAGGGCAUGCCACGUGCAACUUAAACGCAUCAUUAAACUUUUGUCACUUU